CCAUAUGGCCAAUCGUCGUCAAUUUGUAGGGAUAUAAAAGCGCAUCGGUAACACAAGCAAAAUCAUCGGCUACAUCUCGUCGCUUCUCAUCAGAAUUCCAAAAUGCGUUCGCAGUCAGCUUGUGGAUUUUUAGUCUUGGUUGUUCUCGGUUGCGUGCUACCAACAAUCUUUGCCGCUACGUCGAAUAUUGCAUACGGUCACCAAGAAAACGAACUGGCAGUUAACGAUAGAAACGAUUUGACUGACGUCGAUGAAAACGCGUUGAUAGCGUUUAUAAUUAAGAAAUUUGGAUGCGCCGCGGUCAGAGCUGCUGCUACAGCGUGUAAGUUGAUACGCAACGCUGAAAUCAAUGAUGAAGUUCUGCUCGAGAGAUCUGGUGACGAAUCUAUGGACCAAAUUGACAUGAAUGCCGUGGAUUUAGCUAAGAAAUACGGUUGUAGGAUAGUAAAACUCUUGGCGAAGGCUUGCAAGAUAAUCUAGUAAAUAAGUGGCUACGAUUUCAGGAUGGGUACUUUAUUGAUCGAUAAUCGUUUGUGUUCUGGUGGAGAGGCAAUAAAAAGGGAAUUUGCAUAUCAA